AUGAAGGCUACAGAGAUCGUCUACUACCUCUGUCACCCUCAGGAGCUCAGAUCAAUCAUCCAAUGGACAACGUACCAUGAGCCCGUACAUACAAGAGACCCCUCGUCCGAGACGGAAACGGAGAAGAAAUGCUACGAGUUUCUCAAGCUCACCAGCAGAAGUUUCUAUGCCGUCAUCAUGGAACUCCACCCGGAGCUCUUGAUGCCCAUAUGUCUCUUCUAUCUCAUCCUCCGCGGCCUGGACACGGUCGAGGAUGACACGUCGAUACCGCUUGACUCCAAGGAGCCUUUGCUACGGGGAUUCAAGGACAUUCUUGAACAGGAUGGCUGGUCCUUCACUGGGAACCGGCCGGAGGAGAAAGACCGGGAGCUGCUGGUUCAGUUCCAUAACGUCAUAACAGAGUUCAAGAAGAUAAAGCCGGCCUACAAGGUUAUCAUCAAGGAUAUAGCCGACAAGAUGGGCAACGGCAUGGCUGACUAUGCCAGACGCGGAGAAAAGGACGACGAGAUAGUCAAGACUGUCGAAGACUAUGAUCUUUACUGCUACUAUGUGGCCGGUCUUGUCGGCGAGGGCCUCACCCGCCUGUUCGUAGAAGCCGAGUUUGCGCGAAAGGAGCUCCUCGACCGUCCCGAUCUGUUCAUCUCCAUGGGCCGAUUCCUCCAGAAGACUAACAUUAUCCGUGACGUACGGGAAGACCGUGACGAUAAGCGCCGCUUCUGGCCCAGAGAGAUCUGGUCAAGGCACGUCAAGGAGUUUGACGACCUCUUCAAGCCCGAGUUCCGCCAGCAGGCGCUGAACUGUAGCUCUGACAUGAUCCUGAAUGCCCUCUCGCACGUAGAGGAUUGCAUUUAUUAUCUGUCAGCGUUGAGGGAACAGAGUGUGUUUAACUUCUGUUGCAUCCCCCAGACCAUGGCCAUCUCGACUCUGGAACUGUGCUUCCGAAACAGUAGCAUGUUUGAGCGGAACAUCAAGAUAACCAAGGGCACAGCUUGUCGGCUCAUGAUAGACUCCACGCAAAACGUCCGAGUUGCCUGCGAUGUCUUCCGUCGAUAUGCCCGUGCGAUUCACCAGAAGAACACGUCCAAAGAUCCAAACUUCCUAAAGAUUAGUGUUGCCUGUGGACAUGUCGAGAAAGUCGUUGAGCGCAUCUUCCCCUCCCAAUCACCAGAGGCCGCUAUUCGAAGACUAACCAACGAGAAAUCCCCCGAGGACCUGGCCAAGGACAGGGCGGACGCAGAGGCAAAGAAGGACACCAUGUUCAUCAUGCUGACCAUCUUCGGCGUCCUAAUAUUCGUCACAUUGAGCAUGCUCGGUGUCGCCUGGAUGUUCGGUGCCAGAUUCGACCUGGCCCUCGACCAGUUCAAAAAAGGGCUACUCACUCCGGCAUCAGCCCAAGCUCACGGCGGCGAGCUAUAA